GAUAUGACAGCUCAGAAAAUGAUUGUACCUCAGAGGAUUGUACCUCUGUUUUUAAGAUGUCUCAGGCUGAAAUUGUGAAAUGUUCAGAAAAUUAGUUCCUUGACAUCCCUGAAGCAUUUGGAAUCAACAUAGAGAUUUGAAAAUACAGGCCACUGCAUAUAUGAUAAAAUGAGAACCCAAAGUAUUUCAUUCACAUAAAACAAGACACUGCUUCCAAUGAAGUACAUAGGUUGCCUCCUAUUUAUUUCCAUGGAAACUACAACGAAGAGCACAAUAACACUAUUCGAUACAGCAAAUUCUCAGCUACAAAACACUAUUUUGCAGCAUAGUCAUCACCAAUAGUUAUACAUUUUUGCCAGUGAUGAAUAAAGGCCUGCAUGCUGCAUUCAUAAAAACCUGAACCAACAGAAGUUACCCACUAUUGCUGUCACCAUUGCUGAAAUGGACAUCAUAAAACAGGAGGCAUUACUUUCUGAGCAGCCCUUAUAUAAGUUAUUGAAUCAUAUUGAUCCUAUUUUAUGACAACAUAAAAUGAUCGGUCUGACAUUUUCCACAGUUAAUAUAAUUUGACUAUCACUCCUUUUCUUUCUCUGGAAAGCUAAUAAAUGACGACACACAUUCUUGAUGACGCUGCAUUUCUGUUAUUUAUCAAAUGACCUCUAAUAUUUCAGUUGCCAUUAUCAGCUAACUUGAAAAAUCGAUAUCUGUGAGAGAUUCCAAGAUGCACAGCAAACUAUAUAAGCAUGAGGUUUGUAUUGCUGGUCUCAAUUUGCUACUUCAAACCAUCUGACCUAGAGGUUAUUCUUAAACCUUCUAGUCAUUUCACUGCUAUCUGAUUUGCAGGAAUCGUAGGCUUAAGCAAACAUGUCCAACCUCAGUGAGGCAGAACUCAUUCACAAGUUUAAGGGGAUUUCCUUUACCACCAGGUCUUCUCCAGAGCUUUUAAAUUCCUUGGAUGCUUUUGAUGCUAGAGAAGAUGAUGUCCUUUUGGUUUCCUACCCCAAAUCUGGCACUCACUGGCUUGCAGGAGUCAUAACAAAGCUUUACAAUACUCCCGUUACAUUAACAACUCCCAUUGAACUUGGAGACAUGUCCAAACUGGAGGAACUGAAUCAACUGUCAUCAAAGAGAAUCAUCCCGACACACUUAGACUACAACAUGUUGCCUCAACAUUUUAAGAAUAAAAAAUGCAAGAUGAUCUAUAUCAGCAGAAAUCCAAAAGAUACUGCAGUUUCCAUGUAUCAUUACUACCGAGAGAAUCCAAACCUUCCCACUGUAGAUACCUGGACUGCUUUCCUUGACUUGUUCUUAGAAGGAGAUGUUGUCUGUGGAUCCUGGUUUGACCAUUUUCUAAGUUGGGAAGAACAUAAAAAUGACAAAAAUAUACUGUUUUUGUUUUAUGAAGACAUGAAAAAGAAUCUCCCUAAGAUUGUGAAGGAAAUCAGCAUAUUCCUGGGCAUAAGCAUCAGUGAUGAAGAUAUCCAAGAUAUCUGCAAGAAAUCAUCCUUCUCAGAGAUGAAAAAGGACACAGAAAAAGAAAACAGUGACCCCAGUCACACAGUCUGUGCCCUGACAUCCAACAGGAAGUUAAUUUUCCGAAAAGGUACUGUUGGUGACUGGAAGAACCAUUUCACUCCAAAACAGAACUUACAGUUUGAUGAAGUAUUCAGUGAGAAAAUGAAACUCAGCAAAAUGGCAAAGCAUCUCACCUAUGAAUUCUAAUUUCAUGGGAAGAACAAUACUUACCAAAAAUGCAGACAGAGAAAUUGUUGGAAAAUCUGGAUGGGAGCUAAGAGAAGUUCAAAGAAAAACAGCUGCUCUUGGAACUGAUGCCAUGAAGAUGGAAGAAGCACUGACCACCUUUUUACCUUGUUUACAUAAAUUAAUCUUAUCUAUCAGCCUUACUUUUCACAUUGUCAAACAAUAGAAAUGUGGAGAAGGCUUGUAAAAUGGAGAUUUGGGGACAGGAAAAUUCUGGCACAAUGCUGGAAUUGAACUCAAUCAGAGGACAGAUAUACAUGGUUUGAUAGCCAGAUGUCAGACCCAAUUUUUUUUACAACUGAAUCUACUUCAACAUUUAUUUAUUUUUUGCUCUAGGAAUAUACAAAUGGACUUCUUGGAUCUGGUUUAAAAAUGUUACCUAAAUACUAAGAAAAAAAAAUCCUGUAAUAAUCUGUAUGUCUAAAAACACAUCAUAAAGAACGACUACUUAAUCCUAGACUGAACUCCUUUCUCAUGUACUGUGAUUUGGAAAGUGCCUAUUUUAUCAGACUUUGUUAUUGAUGCUAGAAUUGAAAAACGUAGCAAUACAUUUGAAGAUUUGCAGUUAAGUUUGUGUAUAAAAUUUUGGUUUGUUUUGUUUGAUUUGCUUGUUGUUUUUUGUAACAGUAUGUUCUUCA